UUUGUUGUAUAUGUUUUAUUUGUAAAAUAAAAUUUUCAAAAUUCAUUUGUCAAUCGGGUAUUUUCCAGUUAAAAAUAAUGCAUUUCCUGUUCAUGUGCUUAUGCCUUAUUGCAGUAUUAUGUUCAAGCAGAACUCUAUCCCCAAUACAUGAAGACCAUGUUAAAAAUGCCAAAUUGAGAAUGUACAAUUGUUUACUUAUAGCUAAAGGAAUGGAAAGACGAGCAUAUGCGAAUAUCCCUAAUAAUGUACAUACAAAAUUAGAUGAUUUUAUUAAUAUGAUUAAUAUAAAUCAAUGGAAUUUGAAGAAAUACUCUAAAGAGUAUUAUGAAUGCAUUAAAACAACAGAUUUAUUUGAGGAAGGUACUAAAGCAAUAUUAAAAAAAUAUAUAAAACAAUGUCUUAAGCAAUUUUACUAUGAUGUAUCUACUACUGAGGCUGGUGAGACCUCUCAACAGUCGACGAAUAAUUUUUGUUCAAAUUUAUAAAAAUUCAAAUAAAUCACAUUUUUAAUUUGAAAAUAUAUUUAUAAUAUAAAGCAUAUAGUUUGUUAUUACACAAAUACUGUUAAAAUUAAAAUUUCUA